UUAAAGAGGAAGAGAAACCUCAUUCAUUGAUUCAUUCAUCAUAAACCCUGUCUUGUGACAGUCAUCAAGCAUUCAUUUAUAAGGACCCAAAACUUCACUUGAUGAGUUGUGUUUGAUUUUAACCACUUCCCACUCACUCACUCACUCACUCACUCACUCAUCUCAUCAAACACCUUUCAAACAUUAACAUGGCCGCCGCUAACGCUACUUCCCAAACCCUCCGACUCCCUUCACAAUCCUCCCUUGCUCUCUCCUCCAAACUCCCUCUCUCCUCCGCCUUCUCCGUCUCCCUCCGCCCUCACAACCCCCGCCGUUCACUCGUCGUCUUCGUCUCUUCUUCCCUCGACGCUAAACCCACCGUCCUCGUCGCUGAAAAGCUCGGCGAAGCUGGUCUCACUCUUCUCAAAGAUUUCGCCAACGUUGACUGCUCUUACAAUCUCACUCCUGAGGAGCUUUGCACCAAGAUCUCUCUCUGUGAUGCUCUCAUCGUUCGCAGUGGUACCAAAGUCUCACGCGAAGUGUUUGAAUCUUCCGGUGGAAGACUCAAGGUUGUUGGUAGAGCUGGUGUUGGUAUUGAUAACGUGGAUCUGGCCGCCGCUACUGAACAUGGUUGCUUGGUUGUUAAUGCUCCCACUGCUAACACUGUUGCCGCCGCUGAACACGGGAUCGCGCUCUUGGCUGGCAUGGCUAGAAAUGUUGCUCAGGCUGAUGCUUCUAUCAAAGCUGGGAAAUGGGAGAGAAGUAAGUAUGUUGGAGUUUCCCUAGUUGGGAAGACACUUGCUGUAAUGGGAUUUGGGAAGGUUGGAACUGAGGUUGCUAGGCGUGCUAAGGGGCUUGGUAUGAAGGUUAUUGCUCAUGAUCCUUAUGCUCCUGCUGAUCGUGCUCAUGCUAUUGGUGUCGAGCUUGUGAGCUUUGAGGAGGCCAUUGCCACCGCUGAUUUCAUCUCUUUGCACAUGCCGCUUACGCCUGCUACUAAUAAGAUGCUCAAUGAUGAGACUUUUGCCAAGAUGAAGAAAGGAGUUAGAAUUGUUAAUGUUGCUCGUGGUGGAGUCAUUGACGAGGAUGCACUUGUUAGAGCAUUGGAUUCUGGAAUUGUAGCUCAGGCGGCUCUUGAUGUUUUCACGGUGGAACCACCCUCCAAAGACAGCAAGUUGGUUAUGCAUGAGCUAGUUACUGCAACACCUCAUCUUGGUGCCAGUACCAUGGAAGCUCAGGAAGGUGUGGCUAUUGAAAUAGCAGAAGCUGUUGUUGGGGCUUUGAAAGGGGAGCUUGCUUCUACUGCAGUCAAUGCACCAAUGGUUUCCUCAGAGGUGUUAACAGAGCUUAAACCAUUUGUUGAUCUUGCUGAGAAACUGGGUAGGCUGGCUGUCCAACUGGUAGCAGGAGGAAGCGGUGUAAAGACAGUGAAAGUGACUUACGCUUCCGCUAGGGCCCCUGAUGAUCUUGACACUCGUCUUCUUCGUGCUAUGAUAACAAAGGGUCUGAUUGAGCCCAUAUCCAGUGUUUUCGUGAACUUAGUUAAUGCUGACUUCACCGCUAAACAAAGAGGGCUAAGAAUUACUGAGGAGAGAGUUAUUCUUGAUGGUUCACCUGAGAAUCCACUUGAAUUCAUUCAAGUCCAGAUUGCUAACGUGGAAUCUCGAUUUGCUAGUGCCAUAUCAGAUUCAGGGGAGGUCACAGUGGAGGGUCGCGUGAAAGAUGGUGUCCCCCAUCUUACAAAGGUUGGAUCUUUUGAAGUUGAUGUGAGUUUAGAAGGUAGCAUUAUACUUUGCAGGCAAGUAGAUCAACCAGGUAUGAUUGGAAAGGUGGGAAGCAUCUUGGGUGAAGAGAAUGUGAAUGUCAGCUUCAUGAGUGUUGGAAGGAUUGCUCCACGCAAGCAAGCUGUGAUGGCAAUCGGAGUUGAUGAGCAACCACGCAAAGAAUCUUUGCAAAGGAUUGGAGACAUUCCUGCUGUUGAAGAAUUCGUUUUCCUCAAGUUGUAAAAUUAAAUGUUUGUGUUGUCUUUUCUGUUGUAUUUUAUUUUUGGAUUGGGCAUAUGUGCCCGGUUUUGAUGCAUCAUCAUUGAACAAGUGAGUAGGUGAGUUUAGGGGGACGAGGAAAAGAAUAAUGUAACUUUGGAAUGAAUAGUGUGAUUGUGAUUUACUGGUUUAGUGCAAUUCCUGCUUGUUCAUUUUUAUUUGGAAAUAAAGGGAAUAAUAUGUUGGAAGUUUCAAAGAA